GGAGACGACAGUUCUUUAAUGUUAAUGCCCUGCCUCGGUGGCCGAGCCUGAGAUUUUUUAAAAGAAGCAGAAAAGACCAAAUAAGAUCGAAGAGAUAAGUCUUCUGGUAGGUGACAGUUUUCACGGAAGUUCUGUGCGUGUAGGAUGAAAUACCAAAGGAAGUGGAACAAACACUAGUAUUUUUAGCAAGGCCACACAUGCACAACAAACCACCAGACAUUUUAACAGUCUUUGUAGUAAAAGAAGUUGGCAUUCAUGUAAGGAUGUGCUAAGAAUGGAGUUGUAUGGUGUGAGUAUUGACUGUGAAACGUUCCUUUGUUUAUGUACACACUACACAAGAUAUUAUGUACUAAUCAGCUGUUUGGCAUGCAGCCAUCUUUCAUUCAACACUCAGUAUAAACAAAGCCCAUGAUGUCCUGAUAGUAAUCAUUACAAAGGAAGUGAUCCCUCCCCACCAGAUCCUUAGGGAUGUACCCUAACAGUGUUUACCCAACCCUUUAGAUUGGCUGACUCUGAGUCUCACACACCUGGCCAGACCCCUGCUACUGCAUGCCUUGCACGCCACAAGCACACAGCUAACCAUGUGGACUGUGGAGAAGACUGAUCACCACCACACCCUGUCCUGCUUCACAGCCUCUCCCUUCCAUCCGUCCUUCCCUCCCUCUGUCCCAUCACGUCCUCUGUCCUCCCACCAUUGGUGACCGUCCAGGUUCAUCUGAAGAGAGAGUCAUCAGUCAUCUGCUCUCACAUGCAUUAAAUAACCAAUGAGUUUAUAUUGGCUAUUAAAUGCGGUCAGACACGUGUUAGGCCUAUGGUUUUGUCUUUACAUCAUCUGAGGUGUUUUUUGGUACUGUCCUCUUUACUGUCUAGCAUGUGUUGAAAGACAACUGGUUAUCCAUUGGUGCUAAGAUAUCAACCAACUGUGUUUGGUUCUGGGUUAAAUUUGUUCUUCAUUUAUAUGUUUAAGUAGAUAAACUACACGUUGAACUGUAUGCUAUGAACCAGUUAAGAUAACUAGCUCUGUCUGUUUCUCUCUUCCUCUUUCCCAGCAUGCCAUAGAUGCUGUCAGUACAGGAGUCAGUCCGAUCGGAGACACAUCUUACAACUCCAGUCACUGGGACCUGGGAAGUGCCUUCUUCUUUGCUGGGACCGUGAUUACAACGAUAGGUAUCCUCCACCACCAAACCUAUUAACGUGUGACUCGCUCCUCUGAUUAACUGAGUACAAUAAAGCAAUAGCACUAGUCUACUUUGACGUGUAGGCUAUGAGGUAACCUACAGGUGCUGUGACUCAAUGUACUUCAAGUGGAGCUCUGUCAACGUUACACAACUGUAAUGCAAUGUGUGCUAGCAGGGAAAUGGAUAAAAGAAAGACUGGAAAAAAAUAAUGCAUCGUUCACAGGAUGUACUUCAUGAUAAUGUGUGUGUGUGUGUGUGUGUGUGUUUACUGUUCAAGUCUCACAGCGUGUCUUCACAGUACAUAAUUUACUGAUGAUAAUAGCUUUCUAUCAGUAGGUGGGAAGGAACAGUGUCACUAGGGUGUGUUUUUAGCAGAACAUAUGAAUACCAUUUAAUCUGUUUACAUAAUUACUCUGCUUCUCUCACUGUGGAUAGGGACAAACAUCCCACCGUGCUGGUUCAGUCUGUGCUCUAGUCAUCCACGCCCAUGUUCAAUCUCUCCAUUCACUGCAGGUUGUAAUUAAUGUCAUGUUCUCAGAGUCCAACCUGAUUAUUUCCUCACCUCUAACCUCCAACUCCUGGAACAUAACACAGGCCUUGCAUAACAAAACACCACUGUGACAGGUUACGGGAACAUAGCUCCCAGUACGGAGGGAGGGAAGAUCUUCUGCAUCCUGUACGCCUUAUUUGGCAUCCCACUGUUUGGGUUCCUCCUGGCUGGCAUUGGAGACCAGCUGGGGACCAUAUUUGUCAAGAGCGUCUUGAGGGUGGAGAAGAUAUACAGGCAAAAACAGAAAGAAAUAAGCCAGACCAAAAUCAGAGUUACCUCCACCAUACUCUUCAUCCUGGCCGGGUGCAUAGUCUUCGUCGGUGUCCCAGCGGUGAUUUUCAAACAUUUCGAGGGAUGGACGACUCUGGAUGCUAUCUACUUUGUUGUCAUCACGCUAACAACGAUUGGCAUCGGGGACUAUGUGGCAGGUGGGGAUCGGAAGAUCAAGUACAUGAAGUGGUACAAGCCCCUGGUCUGGUUCUGGAUCCUGGUGGGUUUGGCCUACUUCGCUGCGGUCCUGAGCAUGAUCGGAGACUGGCUCAGAGUGCUUUCUAAAAAGACCAAAGAGGAGGUGGGGGAGUUCAAGGUCCAUGCUGCUGAGUGGAAGGCCAAUGUGCAGAAUGAGUUCCGGGAGACGCGUCGGCGGCUGAGUGUGGAGAUCCACGACAAGUUGCAGCGGGCCACCACCAUCCGCAGCAUGGAGCGCAGGCAGCUGAGCCUGGAGCAGAGGACCCACUCGCUGGACAUGUUCUCCCCACAGAAGAGGGCCUUGUUUGUCAGCUUGGACCAGGGCUGCUUCAAGACCUCCUCCCAGGAGAGUAUUGACACCAAGCUGAAUAACUUGAGGUUGCGAGGGGCAGGGGAGCUUUGUUAUGAGCAGCGGAGAGGCAGCGAGCAGACCCAGCAGGCCUCAUCAGAGGACGAUAAGCUCUUCAACCUCCGCUUCCGCUCCCUCACCAAGCUAACCAAGAGACCCAAGAACCGUGACCUGAAGAGUAACAUUCCUGAUGAUGUGCGGAGGGCCUGCGAGGCAAUGGAGAAGAGGGAGGAGGACAUGGAGGAGGUGAAGGAGGAGGAAAGGGGCGAGAGGAAGAAAGGCAACACCAGCUUGACAAAUUUAGAAUACGCAGACGAGCGCAUUAAUAAACUGAAUGGUUUUGUACUGGCUCAGGCCAAAGAGAGGGAGAACGCUAUAAUGUUGGAAGGAAGAGAGCUUGAGUCCCAGCUAGAGUGUGCAGAUACCGAGACUGAGUGAGAGAGAACUUUUUUUAUGCCUCAAAAUGUGCCUUGCUGUUGUUUCUAUGCUUAGACUGUUCUGAGUAAUGUGCCCUAGCAAUGUAAAGACUAAUGUUGCCUAAAAGUGGAGAGAAAAGAGACCGAGGCUAGGGUCUAAUUUGGUGAAGACCUAUUUUCUCUUGGAUAGUACUGGACCUACCAGAAUCUCCUUUCCUUUUUAAAGAACACCCACUUCCAACAAAAAAGACGCAACGUGGGAUAUAUCUUCUCCUUGUUAGCUGAAGGUUAGCAAGUAACCCAGUGAACUAGUGUUUCACCAUCCCAAUGAAAUUUGCACCAACUAUAUAAAUCUGUACUUAUUAUUAUUCAUUUCACACCAGAUAUUUUUAGCCCAGGCUGCUGAACAAAUAUGACUUGAGGGGGAACUGGAUCGAUAUACAAUGUGUGCAUUUACUGAAAUGGUGUACAAUUAUUGAUACAUUGGUUAUGAAAUGUAGCCCUAGGAUAAUCUACUAAUCUUUUAUAACAAAACCCUCUGAUUGUGUAUGCUUUUGACACUAAUUUAGUGUUCUAAAGCUGUCAAUAUAAAGUAUAGAAACUUUAAAGUUCAGGGCCAGCUGUCCUGUUGUAAUUUCAAACAAAUGAAAUGUACUGCAUUAACAUUUAGUACUGUUGAAGUGGAACAUCUAUAAAAUGAAGGGAUUUUAAGGGCUGGGGUUUAAAAACAAUUCAAUAAAAAUAAAAAAUACUUAUGAGGUUUUGAUGGCCAUUGAACCCAAUUCAUUUCUGUACAUCAUAAGAAUGAUUUAUUAGUAUGACAUUUUGUUACUUUGUUCUUUGCUUGAAGAUUAUUUGAUUAUAAAUUAUUUUACACAGCAUAGUAUGUGUGUACUGUAGUUUCCUGCAGUUGAAUGUUUUCUUUCACAGUAAAUGGAAUAUGAUUUUUCUUGUCCACACCAUGUGCUGUGCACUGUAUGUGUUGGUGUUUUCCCCUCACACAGUCAGACGAUGCAUUGCAUUCACCCAGACCAGGGAAGGAACUUACCCUAUGGCUGUAUUCACUUUGGUAAUUGGAACAUUAAUUGGAACAUUGAAUUCUGUCUUUGGUCCCUGUGGUCUUCUGCAUAGUCAAAGAAGGAGCUGUUGCUGUAGGGACUUAGCCUCACUCGUCAUAUCAAAACCACAACCAACAGUACUGGAUAGAUUGCAAAGCAUGUAGUUCUGAUAAUGAAUAACUACUGUUUGUAACCUCUAAAAAAAUGGCUUACCAUGACAAUGACCUUUCUAAGAACCCGAGUGGAUUGUCUUUGCUCAGUCUUUUUUGUUGUUCACAAUCUAUUUGUGCAAACAUUGCAUCAAAUGUAGUGAGUGCCUUUCUGGGAAUAAAUAUCACUAAAGAAAAUUAAGCUACUUUUGUGAAAUAGUUUCUUAUCAAGUGUAUCGCCUGUGACUUCAUUCCCAUGUGUCCCUUAAAGUCCACAACCACCAUUAUUUCCAAACCUGUGAUUAACAUAAUUGGAUUUCUGAUUAAGGAAAUUAUGAGAUUUGACUUCCAGAACAAUUUCACUU